AUGUAUCUAUAUCUUGGCGGUAAAGGUCAAGAUCAAGAUAAAACAAUUCCAAACCAAACGCCUACACAAGGUGGUUGGAAUUUUGGCGGAAAUGGUGGCGUUGAAUACACCUCAGAAACUGGCUUCGCAGAGAAUGGAGCAGGUGGAGGAGGGGCUGUCGACAUUCGCUUAGAAUACAUAGAUAUUAAUAAAGACAAACCGGAUCAAAAUAUUCUGAAGAAGUCAAUUGAGAGUCGAAUAAUUGUCGCAGGUUCAGGAGGUGGUGCUUCUUCAGGUGAAGAAUUUCCUUUGGGCAAAAUUGAUGGUUUUCCUGGUGGAAAUAUUUCUGCAAUAUCAAAUGGAAUCUAUGUACUCGGAGGAAGCCAAACAUCAGGUACACUUGGUAUCGGACACAAUGGAAGAUCCUCUUCUAAAAAUGAAGGAGCUUCUGGUGGUUGCGGCAGUGGCUACCGAGGUGGAAUUAAUAAACUUCCUUCAUCUUCUAAUGAAGGAUAUUUCCAAAUUGGAGGCACAGGAGGAAGUUCAUAUGUCAGUGGCCAUUUUGGAUGUAUCAGUCCAAGUCAUCAAAAUGAUAUAGUUGCAAAUAAUCAGAACUCCAUUCAUGAGUCAGGUUAUAAAUUCAUCAAUACAAAAAUGAUCAGCGGGCAAGAAAAAAUGCCAAGUCCAUUUAAUGAUUCAUUCAUUUUUGGUAAUAUUGGUAACGGCAUUGGACGAAUAACCUUUCUUUAUGCAUAUAUUCAAACGUGUGUUAUCUUCAAAAGUAAUUAUUAUUUAUACAUGUUUUUAUUCACUGCUAUAAGUACCACAUAG